GUCACGGGGAGGAACGCUGCGGCACGCUGCGCACCUGACCUGUCCCACGUACCUGGGGUGCGAGAGUACGCUGGGCCCCGAGCUCGGGUCCCGCGUCGCCGAGUUCCUGGGCCUCUCGGCCGAGGCCGAGGCCGCUGCCCUGCCCGCGCUGGCGCCGCUGGAGCCGUGGCCGCCACUGCUUGGCGGUGACGCCCUGCGCUGGGAGGCCUUCCUGGUGGAGGCUCUGGGGGUCCGCGCUCUGAGCCCGGCGAGCCUUCCCGCGGCGGCGUCGCUGGAGCUCCGACUGCGCGUGGGGCGCCGGCUGCAGGAGCCGGGCCCGCCCGGCGAGGGCGAGGCCGAGGCGGGGCUGCUGUGGCGGCGGCUGCGGGACCUGGCACAGCCGCCGCUGGUGAGGCACCACGUCGAGCGAGCCCUCGCCGCCUCGCCCGCGGACGCCGCCUGGCUCGCCUCCUGCCCGGUGCGGCACGCCUCCCCAGAGCUGCCAGCGCUGAGGCUCGGCGACCUCUUCCUGCGCCCGGUGUUCCGCCCGCUCGCUGGCGCGGCGCUGCGCGGCCGCUACUUCGGGCACGUCGCCGAGGCGGCCCCCGACGCCCCUGGCGAGAACGCGGUGGUCCUGAAGUGCCUGCGAGCUCUCGGGGUGCAGUGCGAGGCGGACGUGGCCGGGCUCGUGCGGGCGUUGGAGGCCCUGCGCGAGCUCCCAAGCCCGCCGGACCUCGCCGCCCACGCCAGGCUGUACCACGCGGUGGCGGAGCGGCUGGACGCCGCGGGCGCGCAGGGCGGCGCGGCGGCCCUCUCGCAGCGGCAGCGGCGCGCGCUCCGGGGCGCCGUCCUGUGCCCGGGCGCGGGGUACGUGCCCGCGGAGAGCUGCAUCUGGGGCCCGAAAGACUGCGAGCCCCUCGUGACCAAGUGCGCCGGGCGGCUGGACCUUGCGCCCGCGUACGCGGGCGCGGCGGUGCCUGGCGGCGUGGACCUGGCGUGGCUGGAGCGGUACUUCGUGGGGGCCGUGGGCCUGAGUCGGGGUCUCGAGGGCGCCGGGGAGCACUACGACGCCCUCGAGACGCUCACCUCUGCGGCCGACGAGUAUGGCCGCCUCCUCCGGUCCGGCGCUGCCGCCGAGGCUGGGGCCGGCGGCAUCCGCGUCCACCUCGGGGAGCACGUGGGGCCCGCGUCCGGGCAGGACAUCCUUGAUGGCACGUGGCGGGCCCUGCUGGCGAUCUACCGCGGGCUGGCCGCGCUGCCUGCGGAGGAGCGCGCCGAGCCGCGGGUGGCGAAGUGCGUCAUCGUGCCGCUCCGCUGCCAGCGGAGAGGGCCCCCGCAGCGCGCGUCCUUCGACCGCGUCUCGGAGCACCACGACGGGGCCAUCUUCCGGCGCCUGGCCCCAGCAGAGUCGUACUGGGAGGUGGCACCCGACCUGGCGCUGUCACCCGCCGCGGACUGGAGCCUGUCGCAGUUCUACCCCGAGGAGCUCCGAGAGCUCUUCCUGGACCUCGGGGCGGCCGAGACGCUCGACCGCCCGCGCCUGGCCCGGAGCGGGCCCGUGAACGGCUUCGGCCUGUCGGCGGAGGACUUGCUGGGCGCGGGCGCGGCCGGCAACGGGGGCGAGUGGGACGCCCUCUCGGCGGCCCGCGCGGCGCUGUCGGCGCUGCGGGAGGGCCCGCCGUGGCCGGCCGGCGGGGAGUUCCCCGGGGCCGAGGGCGCGCUGCAGGAUCGCGUGGAGGUGCCGCCUCGCAGCGCGCAGAGCGUGCGGCUGCGCGCGGCGCCCGCGCGGCGGCUGCUGCCGCAGCGCCCCGUGGCGCUCUCGUGCGGCGCCGAGCUCAUCUCGAAGGAGAGGAGCGGCGUAAACGGGCCUUCCAGACGGGCCUUCCAAACGAGGCCGGAGUAG